CCUUGUCCGCCACGACUCGAGGACAACACUUCCCAGGAGUCUGCAGGGCGGCGCGCCAAGAGCCGCGCGAAGCCGUGAUUGGCUGGUGAGCCGGCCGCACGCGGAGGAGCCCAAGAAGCAGCUCUGUUGCGACAGUGGCCGAGCGGCGAGGCCCAGCUCCCUGAAAGAACAGUAACCUACCCCUGUGGUCCAUCACCAUGCCCUCUGACCUGGCCAAGAAGAAGGCAGCCAAAAAGAAGGAGGCUGCCAAAGCCCGACAGCGGCCCAGGAAGGGACAUGAAGAAAACGGAGAUGCUGUCACAGAACCACAGGUGGCCGAGGAGAAAACUGAUGAAGUCAAUGGACAAGAGACCACAGAAGUGGAUGUGCUGACCAAGGAGCUAGAGGACUUUGAGAUGAAAAAGGCUGCUGCUCGAGCUGUCACUGGCGUCCUCGCCUCUCACCCCAACAGCACCGAUGUCCACAUUAUCAACCUCUCCCUCACCUUCCAUGGUCAAGAGCUGCUCAGUGACACGAAACUGGAGUUAAACUCAGGCCGUCGUUACGGCCUCAUUGGCUUAAAUGGAAUUGGAAAGUCCAUGCUGCUCUCUGCCAUUGGGAAACGCGAGGUGCCCAUCCCUGAGCACAUUGACAUCUACCACCUGACGCGGGAGAUGCCCCCGAGUGACAAGACGCCCUUGCAGUGUGUGAUGGAGGUCGACACAGAGCGGGCCAUGCUGGAGAGGGAGGCUGAGCGGCUGGCUCACGAGGACGCGGAAUGUGAGAAGCUCAUGGAGCUGUACGAGCGUCUGGAGGAGCUGGAUGCCGACAAGGCGGAGAUGAGGGCCUCCCGGAUCCUGCACGGACUGGGUUUCACACCUGCCAUGCAGCGCAAGAAAUUAAAAGACUUCAUGCUGCUCCUGGAUGAGCCCACCAACCACCUUGACCUGGACGCUUGUGUGUGGUUGGAAGAAGAACUCAAGACCUUUAAGCGCAUCCUGGUCCUCGUCUCCCACUCCCAGGACUUUCUCAACGGCGUCUGUACCAACAUCAUCCACAUGCACAACAAGAAACUGAAGUACUACACGGGUAACUACGAUCAGUAUGUGAAGACACGGCUGGAGCUGGAGGAGAACCAAAUGAAGAGGUUUCACUGGGAGCAAGAUCAGAUCGCGCACAUGAAGAACUACAUUGCUAGAUUUGGCCAUGGCAGUGCUAAGCUGGCCCGGCAGGCCCAGAGCAAGGAGAAGACGCUACAGAAAAUGAUGGCGUCGGGACUGACGGAGAGGGUCGUGAGCGACAAGACACUGUCGUUUUAUUUCCCACCGUGUGGCAAGAUCCCGCCUCCCGUCAUUAUGGUGCAAAACGUGAGCUUCAAGUAUACAAGAGAUGGGCCUUGCAUCUACAACAAUCUAGAAUUUGGUAUCGAUCUGGACACGCGUGUGGCUCUGGUGGGGCCCAACGGAGCAGGGAAGUCCACUCUCCUGAAGCUGCUGACUGGGGAGCUCCUGCCCACAGACGGGAUGAUCCGAAAACACUCUCAUGUCAAGAUAGGGCGUUACCAUCAGCACUUACAAGAGCAGCUGGAUUUAGACCUGUCGCCUCUGGAGUACAUGAUGAAGUGCUACCCAGAGAUCAAGGAGAAGGAAGAAAUGAGGAAGAUCAUUGGGCGGUACGGUCUCACUGGCAAACAGCAGGUGAGCCCGAUCCGGAACCUGUCCGACGGGCAGAAGUGCCGCGUGUGCCUGGCCUGGCUGGCCUGGCAGAACCCCCACAUGCUGUUCCUGGACGAGCCCACCAAUCACCUGGACAUCGAGACCAUCGACGCGCUGGCGGACGCCAUCAAUGAGUUUGAGGGCGGUAUGAUGCUGGUCAGCCACGACUUCAGGCUCAUCCAGCAGGUUGCGCAAGAAAUCUGGGUCUGUGAGAAGCAGACAAUCACCAAGUGGCCUGGGGACAUCCUGGCCUACAAGGAGCACCUCAAGUCCAAGCUGGUGGGCGAGGAGCCCCCGCUCACCAGGAGGACCCACAAUGUGUGAGCCCGGGGGCCGCACUCCUGCAUUGCUGCAAUUCCGCUCCCCAGCCCCUGCCCUGCCCCCACCAGCCUUAGCUGCACUCUGUGAUCCUCUCUACAGCUGGACAGUACCUGUCCGUUCCCUGUCCUUCCAGUUACUUUUGUCCAUGUCUGGACUCAGCUGGCUGUUCCCUCCGGCCCUGUGCUGGUUCCUGACCCCGAGUGAUGCAGCCAGAGGUAUCUGAGGGUCAGCCCAAGGGCCCGCACCCUGCUUAGCCUGUAAAGGAGCUGAGGAUCCUGGUUCUCUGGGAUUUGGUGAUGUGGGAGGGAUACCCCCAGCCCACCGUCCCCAUUCCUUUCUGCUUCUGGUUUGGAGCUCUGGAUCAGGCCUGCGUCCUGAUCGGUUUUUAAUUAAUUAUUUAACUGUAACUUUUAGACCUGCGUGACAUCUACAAAGUGUCCAAUAAAGAAAGAAGAAGCCCUG